CCUCCGCUCCUCCAGUCCAAGCCCCUUCUCUCUGAACCCACCUCUCUCGUUCAGACACGCCUCUCUCUCUCUCUCUCUCUCUCUCUCUCUCUCUCUCUCUCUCUCUUUCUCUGAGGCAGCCAUUUUCGCUCUCUCUGAGGUUUGGAGUGGAAGGAAGAAAGGGAGAGUGUUCCGGCCGGCGAAGAUGUCUGAGGUGUCGGUGAUAAACCAGGCGGAGGUGGAGGAAACCGCGGCCGGGCUGGAGCUGCCGCCGGGGUUCCGGUUCCACCCCACCGACGAGGAGAUCAUCUCGCACUACCUCACGCCCAAGGCCAUCGACCGCCGCUUCACCUCCGGUAUCAUCGGCGAGGUCGACCUCAACAGGUGCGAGCCAUGGGACCUCCCAGCCAGGGCCAAGAUGGGGGAGAAGGAGUGGUUCUUCUUCUGCCACAAGGAUCGUAAGUAUCCGACGGGGAUGCGGACGAACCGCGCCACGGAGAGCGGCUACUGGAAGGCCACCGGCAAGGACAAGGAGAUCUUCAAGGGCCGCGGCAUCCUCGUCGGUAUGAAGAAGACGCUCGUCUUCUACCGCGGCCGCGCCCCGCGCGGCGAGAAGACCGGCUGGGUCAUGCACGAGUUCCGCCUCGACGGCAAGCUGCCCCAACCGCUCUCGCACUCUGCCAAGGAGGAGUGGGCUGUUUGCAAGGUGUUCAACAAGGAGCUGGCGGCGACGACCGGGCCAAUGGCAGCGGCCGGCGCGGAGCUCGAGCGCGUCGGCUCGUUGGGGUUCAUCAGCGAAUUACUAGACUCCGCCGAGCUGCCGCCCCUCAUGGACUCUUCCUUCGGCGCCGACCUCGACGAGGUGAUCGACUUCAAGGGCCCCGCGUCCACCUCCGGCCACGCCGCGCUGGGCACGAGCUACCAGCAGGUCAAGAUGGAGGAGCACGCCCCGCUGCAGUACCACCACAACCAACAACCGCCGAUGUUCUACUCGAGCCAGUACUUCUCGCUCCCGGCGGUGAACACCAGCGACCUGCCGACGGCGAUCCGGAGGUACUGCAAGGCGGAGCAGGUGCCGGGGCAGACGGCGUCGGUGCUCAUCCCGUCCCGCGAGACCGGGCUCAGCACGGACCCCAACGCCGCCGGCUGCGCGCAGAUCUCUUCGGCGGUGACACCGUCGUCGCACCAGUUCCUGCAGGAGCUCGACGACCCGGUCCUGAACCUGGCCAACAUCUGGAAGUACUGACCAAGCCUGAACGAUCGUGGGCUGCCCAUCCACCUUCGCGGGAUUUGGUUGAUUAAUUACUUGAUUUGAUUGAUUAUCUUGGUGUUCCAUGCUUGGGUUGGUGACAGUUUGCUGAUGCAUCAUCGAUCGUCGUCACCUCCGCGGAGGCCUCUCCUGACCUUGGGUCUGAUUAGAUUAUUAUCCAGACCGCAAGGGGAUUAGUGCAGGGCCUCCCUGUUAAUUAAUUACUGCAUCCUAGGUUCCAUUUCCAUGUCUGUACAUAGUACUGUCAGUACUCUAAUUGUAUCAUUAGUAGUAGUAUGAUGAUAGGAUUAAUGAAUGUGUGUAGAUUAGGGGGGUUGCAUCUGCAGACUGCAGUGCGGGGUGAUUCACGAAUUGAUCAAUUUGGGCGCCUGAUGAGCCAGCUAACGCUCGCUUUAUAAGUACAUUUACAGUUAAUUA